AUUUCGAUCACUUGUUCUCAAUGCACGGGAAUAAAUACGAUACGGAUGUCACGGUUUGGUCUCCCGAAGGAAAACUACAUCAAGUAAAAUAUGCGAUGGAAGCCGAGAAGCAAGGGAGUGCAUGCUGCGGCAUUCGUACGAAUAAAUAUGUCGUUCUUGGUGCUUUCCGCAGACGACCAAACGAGCUUGCUUCAUACCAACGAAAGAUUGUAGAAAUCGAUACACACAUGGGAAUCGCAAUGUCCGGUUUAACUGCAGAUGCUAGAGCACUAUCAAAAUAUAUGAGAACAGAAUGCAUGGACCACGAGUACGUUUACGGCCGAAAGAUGCCUAUGGAGAUGCUGGUUCGUCAAGUAGCAGAGAAAGAGCAUUUCUGUACUCUCACAUACGAACGUCGUCCUUACGGUGUUGGUUUGUUGAUCGGCGGUGUGGACUCCAAAGGUCCUCAUCUCUUCCAUACAUCUCCCUCUGGCGAGUACCUCGAAUACAGUGCGUGUGCGAUCGGUUCUCGCAGUCAGAGCGCGAAGACAGCUCUGUCUCGACGUUUUUUGAACGAAGAAACGAACGUGGUGACGGUGAGCGAUGAUUUGACGCUCGACGAGCUGAUUAGCAUCGUGCUGGAUGCGUUGAAGGGCUGCGUGCAGGGCGAUUCGAAAAUGACAAAGGAAAACUGCUCGGUAGCCGUGGUGGGAGUGGAUUUGCCGUUCCGCGAAUUGAGCGAAGAGGAAAUCGCGCCGUAUGUGAAUGCUCUGACCCAGUGGAUUGUUUGUUUUACUCCUGACAGAACGAUGAAGGGUGGGCAGGCAGGCAGGCAGGCAGGCAGGCAGGCAGGCAGGCAGGCAGGCAGGCAGGCAGGCAGGCAGGCAGGCAGGCAGGCAGGCAGGCAGGCAGGCAGGCAGGCAGGCAGGCAGGCAGGCAGACAGACUGGUAGGCAGGUAGCAGAGAUAGCGAAAAGUGGUAUUUCCUGCUGA